AUGUCACAUCCCAAUUUAAAGAUUCAAAUACCAAAUCAUCAUAUUAACAAUCAACAACAACAACAACAACAACAACAUCAUCAUCACCACCAUCAAAUUUCACAACCAGAUAAUAUCGAUGACUUUAAAACUUCAGUACUUCGACGCAACUCUAUGCGGAAUCUAGGGGAACCCAUCUCAAUACCUACCCCGACAAAUCCUUUAAAUACAUCCUCCGCUUUAUUAAAUCCUAAUCCUGAUGGCACUACAUUAAGUUUAUCAACUUCUGGCUCAAUAUCAAAUGCUAUUCCAAUAGAAAAGUUGACUCAACUCCCUACCCCUAUUAUAAAAUCAAAACCAUCUUUUACCACACACAACAAUAAUUUGAACAACAAUAGUUUUUACACUCAUGAACAAAGCCUGUAUCACUCAAAUUCCCAUCUUUCAUCUUCCCUAGAACGCCCAAGAAUAACAUCAGAAUUUAGACCUAUAACUCGUGCUCAGAGUUUGAAAACACCAAGAAAGAGAAUUGUUUCAGAUUCCAUCACUUUACCAUCAUCAUCGUCCGAGUCAUCCUCAGCAGUUGCACCUUCUUCUAGUGAAGGAAAAGAAAUAUCUAUAGAUCUUCAGGAUAUAAUAAUUAGAGGAAAACCUUUGAAGUCGAUCGAGGGUGUUAUCGGGAAUGGUAAUUUCAGUACCGUGUUUUUAGGUAGAACGAUCGAAGAUGAGAUGGUUGCUAUUAAAGUUAUUUCAACUCCAGAUGAAUUCAUUUCUAGAGAGAUUGAUAUCUUGAAGAGAUUAAAUCAUCCUUCUAUCAUUAAAAUGUUGGAUUAUUCACUAAACAAUAAUGAUGAACAAGGUCAUAUUAUAUUUAACUAUUGUCAGGGAGGAAGUUUAUUGCAUUUUUUAGUGGAUCAGAAUUUUGAGUUUUUACAAAAUCCGCUAAUCUUAUGGAGAUAUUUGAAGUGCAUUAUUGCAGAAAUGAUCAUCCUGGUUGGUUAUCUUCAUCUGAAUAAUAUAAUUCAUCGAGAUUUGAAAUUGGAAAACAUCUUGUUGACUCAUUCUCCAGAAGAUGUGUUGCACCAUUUGCAAAAUCACGACAACAAUUUCCCCUUCCCUUUAAUUAACUUAAGUGAUUUUGGUUUAUCCAGAGUUUUAGCGGAUCCUGACGAAUUGUUGACCACUAGAUGUGGUUCAACUGAUUACGUUGCUCCGGAAGUUAUCAUGGGUUUAAAUUAUAGUGGUUUCCUAAGCGACAGUUGGUCCUUGGGGGUUUGCAUUUAUUCAAUGUUAGAAAAUAGAUUACCAUUUGAUCCAGCUCCAACCAAUUCCGCAGGUUCUACUACAGGUUCGUCGCCGAAAGGUUCCCCAACAGUCAUGAAAAGAAGAAGAUCUAGAAAUAAUACCGGUUAUAGAAUUGCCAUGAUUGAUUGGGAAUGGUAUAAACUUGAAGAGAAUUUAAAAGAUGAUUCCAUUGAUGACGAAAUUAAAACCAUUUGGUUGCAAUUAAAAUCAAUCGUUGAGAGCGUAUUGGUUAGAAAGGAAAAGAGAAUCUCCAUUUUAGAAAUGUUACAAAAGGAAGAAUUCAAAUGGAUCAAAGAUUGUGUUCCAGAUUUUAUUUUUAAUGCAUAA